CAUACGCUGAACGACGGCAACGCCUACGCCAGUUUGAACGGCAACUUGAUUUCAGACGACUACGAUUCGCUCGAUACCAUUCAGCGUCAUAAGCAAGCCGGCCAUUACGGAAGCUACACGGCGAUUGGCUUUGGUGUGGAAGAGGCGAACGAACUGCUGAUCGACCAUGCUCGUCACGGGGCUCGCCCGACAAUCGUGCUGAUGACCGACGGGAACGCCAACCGCUACAAAAGUGGCUGGAGCCUGCCGCGUGACUGGGACUGGGACGACUACACCGACUACGACGGUGACGGGCGAGCCGAUUACUCGACCAACGACCGCUCGAAGCAGUAUGCCAUUUGGGAAGCAGUCGAAGCCCACAAACGGGGCGUGACCAUCCAUACGAUGAGUGUGGGUGCCAAUGCCGACCGCAGCGUGAUGACUGCCAUCGCCAAUGCGUGCGGAGGCAUUCACAUCAGCGUGCCUGGCGGAUCGACCAUUGCCGAGCUGGAAUCGCAGAUGCUGUCGGCAUUCCAGCAAAUUGCUGCCAAAGUCCCACCACCGCAGUUGGUGUACGACUUGAGUCAGGCCCAAGAGUAA